AUGGCCUCUAUCAUAUCCUCCAUUUGGCCGAUACUUACUUCUUAUCGACCCAAUGCCGCUAGGGAUCGUCAAGCUCAGCGCGAGAACGGGCCAAUGAGAUUCGGCACUUUUGAAGCAACCUAUAAACCUCCUGGAUGGGGUGUCAUCGGUCCCAGAAACGAUAAGGAUGCUCAAAAGCUAUACAACCAUAUCAGAACAAUCGCAUUUUGGCUAGAUGCCGCGCCUGUAUUAGCGGAUUUAGGACUUCCCUUUAGAGCUGGUUUAGAUGAUAUCAUCUCUCUUGUACCUAUCUAUGGUGAUUUGGUUUCUGGUAUAUUGCAACUGUACCAAGUUUGGUUAUCUUUCAUAUUCGGCGUUCCCACGAAUAUUUUAGGGUACAUGGUGCUGAAUGUCUUCUUGGACGUUGUCGUUGGUCUGGUCCCAAUAUUAGGAGAUUUCCUAGAUAACCUCUUCAAAUCAAAUUUACGUAAUUUGGCCUUACUGGAAACAUGGUUAUUGACAAAUGAAAGAGCUCAGAGGCGAUAUCAUAUCUUGUUGAUGCCUGAAGGAAAUGAAUUCAUACCUAAACCCAAAACCACUAGAUUCUCUACAUCUUGGUUCGGCGGUGGAAACAGUCACAAGAGUGAAAUCGAUGAAGAGAGAGAGAGGGAAAGAACUACCGGGAAAGUUAGGGUGACUAGAAGAAUGGAUAAAAACGAAGGUGAAAAGAUACCUGUUCCAACCACCGGCACAAGUACAGAAGGUGAAACAACAGGGACCAGAAGAAGAACGAGAAGGAGCGGUGAUCCAGUAAUGGACCCGCUGGACUAG